GAUCAAAUACCCAUAUAUUCGCGCAUAUAAUUGCAUCAUUACCCGUCUUGCUCCACACGCUCGGCGUCGUGUACCAAGUAGAGCCGAUUAGGCUCUCGCCUUCUCUGCCGAUGAAUCCACCGCCUCUAUCUGCAUAUGCCUCAUCCCAGGCGGAGUUCGCACUUCCACCCCUCCAGCUCGCCCAGCACACCUCUCGCCCCUCUAGCGUUCUUCGCCCGCCGUUGCAGGUCCCCACCCCCCAUCACCACCAUCACCAUCAUAUCAUACAUCGGCAUCCGGGUAUAGAUCAGGGUUCGAUGGAUGCUGCCAACCCUCCGACUGACUACGUAUCAGAACCAGACCGGAGUGACCGCUAUUUUCCUCGCAUGUACUCGACUCAUGACAUGGUCGAGGUCAUUGGCGACACGCGUGCCAGUACGAGUGGAGAUAAUUGGGGAAAGAAGCUAGACAACGCCAACCGGUAUAUGCGGAAGAAGCGAUCGGUAAUAGCUGGUGUCUAUUCCGCUGACGUCCAAGGUGAGGAACGUGCACGAAAACGAAUCAAGCUCCUCCUUCCUUCUCGCUCUCCCAGUCCAGCAACACUGGAGCCACCAGGAUUCGAAGAAUUCCACUCUCCCCCAACAUCUCCGCACCUGCCACCAACCGACCUUGAUCCGGCUCCCUCUCUGUCCUCCUUCCUUGCUUCACCCGGCAUACGCCAUUCGUUCGAUCCUUCGAUGCUCAACAACUUGAGCGAGAUGACGCGCGACCUCAUCGAGAGCGAAGGAGAGGGCACUCGAUCUCUCGGUCGAUUAUUCUGGCUGUUGUCCGAAAAAGCAAGUCAUAGGGACCUGGACGCGCCUUCGAAUGUAGACGGCGAAAUCGAUGCGGACUCUCCCAACGGAAUGGAUGGAAUAAAAGAAGAGCCCCAUACACCUGCUGUACUCCAGUUUACCAACGGUAUAGGUUUCGGGCGCAAUGGGCGCUCGCCUUCCAUGGCAAUGGAUGGCGGUCCUGCACUUCCGAUGGCGUACCAAGAACUCUUCGUUACACCCGGCGGGGUUACCCUCCCCGACCGACGGGACCUUGGCGAGGCCGAGACCUACUUCCCCAGUGCCGCGCACCAGGUCACCGCUGUCAAUCAGUGGCUGACCCAAAUCCGUGGUGUAUACGAUGACCUGCGGGAGUACACGAGACAGUUGGAUAGGGUGCAUGUUGGGAUCGCGAUAGCGCAGAUGGGGAGGAAGAGAGUUUGGGCGGCGGUGAGGACAGAAGUGGCGAGAGAGCUGGACAUCUCCCUACCAAGGGAUAGCGGCGAGCAGGCCGUCGGUGUUGAUGUGGAUAAAUCAUGAGGUAAGCUCGACGAUUGUUUUGAUAGUUAACUUAACAUGGAUUGUAUACUAUGUCUGUACAAC